UUCGCAUCUGACUUGUAUUAAUAACAUUAUUUGUUUGACUUUUAAUGAAAAUGGUACCAAAAUGUUUAUAAAUUGGAUUUGAAAAUAAGAUUAAAAAUGAACAAUAACCUAAUUAAAGUGAGUCUACCACUAAUUAAGCAUACCUGUCUAUAAACGGAGAUGCGUGUACAGCAUUUACGGUCUCCUGUGUGUAUUAUGGGCAAACUCACACACAUAUAGAUUAAUAUUAUCUUUAGUUGCGCAAUAGCUGAGUGCCAAUGUGCCAUGCCGAUAAAAAUUAAAAAGACAAAAUAAUAAACCAAGUGAAGCAAUUAUUAAAGGGUGAGUCCAUUGGGAAAGGGCAAGAUGCAUGUUCGUACGAUUUCGUAUGUCAAAGUACAGCAUGGCCGUAGUUGACUUGAUAAAAAACGACACAAAUUUUUGUAUUAGUUUCUGAUUUUAAGUAGGUGUCAUAUGAUAUGAUAAUGUUUUAUGUACGAUUUAAAUUGUCUCUCACCAGGCAAAAAUAGUUAAGUACUUUGUAUAUAGUUACUAACAGUCGUCCUGGUAACGUCCUGGUAAACCAAUCCCUCAAAUUACGAUAAUUGAUCAUAUAUAUCAUCGAUCAUCACAAAGUAAAAAACUUAUUAUAAUCAGGUUAACAUAUAUUUAAUGUACAAGAUAUAUAUCUUAACGUACGUUCGACAUAUUAAUCUGAUAUAUUUCUUGGUAGUAUAAGUACAUAAUGGAACAAUGUUCAGGAUAAGUAACUAAUGUAGAUCUUUAUCAAAAGAAAAAUGUAGAUAAUGUAUUAUUGAAAAAGACGACGACAUGGUCCAAACAUAUCAUUAACCGUACUUAUUCAUCCAUGUAAUAUAUACACAAAAAUAUAUAGUGGACCUAUGUUUGUGACUUUGUGUAUAUAUAUACACGUACGACACUAGUACCUCUUUACAUUUCAUCUCACACUAACCCCGCAGCUAAAACGUCUCUCUCUCUCUCUCAUCUCACUCUCUAACAACAUGAUGAAGAAGAGCAAGCUGAUCACAAAGGCAUGGAAGCACAUGUCUACCAGAGUAGCCAAGCACAAGGCCGCUGGGGAGGAACCUCAUAUACCCCAUGAUGUACCAAAAGGACACCUAGUGGUGUACGUAGGCAAAGAAGAGGAGAGUUACAAGAGAUUCGUGAUCAAGAUCACGCUGCUUCACGAUCCCAUCAUCAGAGCUUUGCUUGAUCAAUCAAAAGACGAAGUGUACGAUGAUUUCACUUCGGGAGAUUCCAAGCUUUGUAUCUCUUGCGAUGAAACUCUCUUCCUUGAGGUCCUCCAAAACGCUUCUCCCCGUAAUUCAUGGUCUUGAUGAUGAGUCUCUCAUUCAAUGUUCUACGGUUUAGUCUCUCUUUUUUUUGCUGAUGUGAGAUGGUCCUUCGAGAUAUUAUAUAGAAUUAAUGAACACUCUUGUAAUAUGAGCCAUUUUCAGUUAGUAGCUGAUA